CACGGAGUGAACUUGUGCCGGCUCUCUGUUGACGCUUCGUUUAGUGAUUUUGUUUGGUUGUUGCUGCGAUGAUUGGAUAUAAAAGUUUAACCGUCUGCCUGCAGAUCGCAAGAGAUAGACUCGACAGGAUGUAUUUUUACUCAGGAAAGAAAGAUGCUGCGACUGGGAAUGUUGAGCAGCAAACAUUUCCACCAAUCCCCAGACAGAAGACUUCUACUAUAUAUUGUCCAUCUUGUACGCAUUCGUUCGACAAUAUGAGCCAGAAAGGGGGCAAAUGUUUUAUAUGUAGGACAACUUUAGAGCAUCAAUGUGUAUUUUGCUUUAGCAGAUUUCCUGAUUACGAUACUGUGUAAUGUACAUAAUCAUAAUGAUGUAGAUAUUGGGAAGAAAAAUGCUGUUCAGAAAGAUCUUCAAAAACAACUAGCCUUCUUAGCUCAGCAUGUGGUUUUAAACCUGACAACUAUCAAUUAUUACAAUAUCAUCGAUUAUAUGGAUGUCAAACAACUGAACAACAAAUUCUGAAAAAUGCAAAGAAACCUUGCAUCAUUGUCAACUGCCUGAGUUGCAACUGCUCUUAUCAACAUGCUAAGGGACUAUCGCCAGUAAUGUGUCGCGAAUAUGAUGAUUCAGUGCAAUUGAAGUGAAAACAAUGGAAGCUUGCUUUGGAUAUUUGAACUGCGACUGUCUGAUGCAUAUAUUUUCGUUUCUCCCGAUUAGGGACAGAGUAAAUGUCGAAUUAGUGUGCAAGCAGUGGUAUUCAGCAGGUCGAGAACUGUGGAAAAGCUUCAAACAAUUGGACGUGUGUAGAUCUAAAUGGCAGUUUAAAAACUUGAAAAAAUUCAAACGUGUUGAAAUGACCAUGUUCAAAACAGUUCUGGAAAGAUGCGGUCGUUAUUUGACCGAGAUAGACUUUACACAUCUGAGUACGAUAGAUGAGGAGAUCUAUUUCGAGUACACUAUUGAUGAUGAUAAAAUGCACGAGGACGAUGAUAAAAGUUUCGAGGGUAUAAUGGCUUUGGCGUCGAACUGCACGAACAUUGAGAAACUCAGCUUAUCUUCUACCGUUGUGAAUUGCAAUGACCAACAUCUGCUGGAUAUUUUCAAAACGAAUAAAAAGAUUCGAUUUCUAAACUUAAUUGGCUACGGCAUUCAUGGUACUUGUUUUAAUGGAUUAUCUGCACAUGUGAUUGAAACAUUACUUAUGCAGUAUUGUUGCGUUCAGUCGAAACGCCUUUGUAAGUUAUUGGAAAGGUGUGUCAAUUUAAAUAUCCUAUCUUUAAAUUGCACAAGGUCAUUUAAUACUAAAAAUUUCGGCGACAUUCUAAGAUGCGUUAGUUUAGUUAAUAUCAAAAGUUUAAAGGAAUUCCGUUUCGUGAGUUAUUACGAUAACAAUCGAGAGACUCAUCUGUAUACAAGUUUUCAUGUGAAUACAAAUUUUAAAAACUUAAUAGCUAUUCAAAUCAUGGAAGCUAUGGAAGACUCGAUGAACGACUUAUUAAUCGCAUUAGGUAAACAUUGUACAAAUUUACGGAGAGCAAACUUUAGUGAUUGUGUAGGUGUAACAGAUGAUAUACUUAUAAAUAUUACGACUUUACCCAAGUUGGAGGUUUUAUGCAUCGAUCGAAUGGAACACGUCACAGAUCGUUCGCUCAUUUGUUUGUCCGAACAUUUAAAAAUAUUGAAAUGUUCUGACAGUCAAAUCUCAGAUACUGGAGUUAUUACUCUAUUGAACAAAUCGCAAAAUAUCGAAAUUCUAAAUUUGUCGAUGUGUAAAAAUAUUUCUAAACGAAGUGUAGAUUAUGCCAUAUGUGUCACAAAACACCGUACUAAUAAUAUAAUUUUAAACUUUUGCGUUGAUCAUUAUUAUGGAGAAAAAUGUAAUGUUAAAGAUAAAUCUCCAUUAUUUAGAUUACACUAUGAACUAACUGCAAAAGAAGAACAGUUGCACACUGGGCGUGGCUGCUCUUAUAUAUAUCCGUUUUUCAAAUGCGAAAAAAAUUUACUUCAAAAAAGUUGCACUUUUAACAUCGACAGCAAUACAGAGAAAACAUUUGGCAGUUAUGCUUACUACCAUUUCUUCAUGUGUUUUUGUCAAAGAAUACCCAAUGACGAAAAUAAUUGAUUGAAAGACUUUAUGUGCGGAACUAUAGCUUCUAUAGCAUUGCAUUCGUAAGCCCCGUUCGCAUCAUGUACAAUGACAUAAUAAACUGUAUAAUCAAAA